CACAUUCAAUUCUGCCUCGCUUCCUCAAGCCUAUACUCGUCUACCCUAACCACUACUUCAAGUCUAUCUUUUCUCAAGUAUGCAUCAAAUUACCAUCUUAUUGAUUGCGAUUAUUGCGGUCAUUAGUGUGGCCGCUGCAAAGCCCUUGCUUCCUGAUGGCUACUAUCGUAUUUACAAAGGGAACCACCGCGUUCCCUCCAGAAACCGUUACUUCACUGCUUACCUAGAUGCUAGAACUGGCUCUGUGAGAAUCGAAACCAAAAAUGAUGAUGAGCUUCAAGUGUGGCGGCUCCGCAACCAUGGCAAAGGCCAAGUAUCCCUUCAAGUUUAUAACGAGGACGCAGACGAGAGAAAGUAUCUCUCAGAGGGAAGGUCUGGGGCUCUUCCAGGAGCACAUCUUGGUGUCACUGAAAAGCGACAAAAGUGGUUCAUCACCAAGGUCGGAGUAAGCUUAUAUACCAGAUAUAUGCUCGCUCACCCAAGAAAGGUCAAUAACCAAACGCUUAUUGUGAGUGAAAGCAACACCUAUGACGAGGAUAUUGGCAAGCCAAACUGGGUUUCUUUUAGGUAUCAAGGCCAAACAAACUAUACUCAAGCUUGGAAGUUUGCGAGAGUCUACCCUGACGACGAUGACAGCGACGACAAGCACAAUGAUGACGGCGAAGACGACAAGUAAAUUGUCGAAAAUUCAGGCCAGGCGCUCUGAUUAGCUUCAAUUCAUCUUUGAAGGCAAUUCCUUCUUCAUUGCAAAUAUUUGUA